AUGACUACGACAGAGGGAAAGAGACAAGCAGAACCAAUUACUGAAGCUGAAUCAAAGAAGCGCCAUUUGCCUAACUCUUCAGACCAUUUUAGUAACGGAAUCGCGCCCAUUAAGCCAGAAUAUAUUGUUGAAAACUCUGAGGUAGUAGAGGAGUAUGUGAAUGACGAUGAAGCCGAGGGUGGUGAUAGAGAGCAAACCAAACCCAAAGACAAUAAAAAGAAAAAGAAUAGGGGUCAGAACAAAGGUAGAGAUUUGAAACAACGUCACGAAGAAGUGAGAUUAUGUUCCUCCUUGGUUGAUCCAGAUAAUAUCAAGGAAUGUAAAUUUGGUGCAGAGCAUUGUCGCAGUACUCAUAAUGUAGAAGAGUACCUUUCGCAGAAGCCAGAUGACAUAGAUGGAAUUUGUCCUGUGUUUGAAGCAAUCGGUUACUGUCCAGCUGGCCUCAAGUGUCGCUGGUUGAAGUCACACUACAACAGAGAGACGAAGAAGCUUGUAAAAGAUUUGAAAAGAGCCGAAAAGGCAAAGGAAGAAGAAAACUACGAGGUAAAUAAGAUAAGCAGUGACAAGAAGUAUGAGUUACAGAAAAAAAAAUAUAAUUUCGAACUUGCUGACCAAAUGAUUCUGUAUCUCGACUCGUUAGUUCAAAACGAAGAAAACAUAGCCAAAGCCCAAGAACAAGCGAAAAAUAACCAAGCUACCUAUAUCGAAGCGCCUUUCAAACCCUCGGAGAAGAAAAAAUUGAAUUUGAAGAAUGCAAAGAUUUUAUCCCCAUUGACUACUGUAGGAAAUUUGCCUUACCGUCGCUUGAUGAAGACUCUAGGUGCAGAUGUCACUUAUAGUGAGAUGGCACUAUCUGUUCCUCUUCUUCAGGCUACAAAUGCAGAAUGGGCACUUCCAAAGGCACAUCGAUCGGAAUAUCCUGGUUUUGGUGUACAAAUUGCGGCUUCCAAACACUGGGCUGCGUCAAAGGCUGCAGAGGUCAUUAGCAAUGAAGCAUCUCAUGUUUCUGAGCUUAAUUUGAAUUGUGGAUGCCCGAUAGAUUUAUUAUAUCGUCAAGGUCAAGGCUCAGCAUUGAUGGAUCAGCCAGCUAGAUUAUCAAGGAUUUUGAAAGGAAUGAACUAUUGUUCAGGUGAUAUUCCAGUGACAGUUAAGAUUAGAACAGGUACGAAAGAUAAUCGUAAUACAGCCAGGACUUUAGUUGAGAGACUCCUUCCAGAGAACGACGUGGCAGCAAUUACAAUGCACGGACGCUCAAGGCAACAAAGGUAUACUAGAAGAGCAGAUUGGUCUUACAUCAGCGAAGUUGGUAAAGUGGUACAUGAGUGGAAUUUGAAGAAAGAAGAGGAUAAAGACCGAAGCGAAACGCAACCAACAUUCUUUAUAGGUAACGGUGAUGUUUUUACGCACGAGGACUUUUAUGAUGCAGUAAACACUGAAGGAAUAGAUUCGGUCAUGGUGGCUCGUGGAGCCUUAAUCAAACCUUGGAUUUUCGAAGAAAUAGAAGCCCAGCAGUACUUGGAUAAAUCAGCAACAGAAAGGUUAGAAAUUUUAGAAAAAUUUGCAAAAUUUGCAAUCGAGCACUGGGGAUCUGAUGAAUAUGGAGUAGGGUUAGCUAGGAGAUUCAUGUGUGAGUUUCUAAGUUUUACACAUAGGUAUAUACCUAUUGGAAUCUUGGAAAGACUCCCACCUAGUAUCAACCAACGUCCACCGAAAUGGAGAGGCAGAAACGAUUUGGAAACUCUAUUAGGAUCAGGGGAUUACAAAGAUUGGAUCAAGAUUACUGAAAUGUUUUUGGGCAAGACAGGUUCAGGUUUCCAGUUUGUUCCCAAACAUAAAAGUAAUGCUUACGAAAAGAAUGCUUAG